GAAGUGGUAGGUCUAAUACAUGUAUUUUACAAAAUUAAACAAUAUAGAGAAGAAUACAAUAGGAGAUGAAGAACAUAAUCUUAGCUUUAAAGAUAAGACAUUGUUUUGAGUUUUCAACCAUGAAACAAAAGUUGCUGUGAAAAAAUUACAACAUAUAGUUGGGAGUGUCCACUUGAGACCCAUCAAAACUUUUGUGACCCAACCAAAACCGGACCAUUAUUAUAGUUAACUAAUGAUGAAAUGUUGACGAUACAGUAUGUCUUCUUUAUGAGCUCUCUCCCUUUAUUCAUGUUAGAGGCCGCACCAAACCUAAGAAUUCAGGCGUUAACCGUGUUGGCACAACAACAAGCUUUCAAGUCAGAGAACAUAAGGUUCAAGGUGGCCAUUAAUGGUGUGUGGAUUUGAAAGGAGCUGUAAUGAUGAGUAGCAGGAGGCUUGAGUUUCAGGGAGAUCCUUAAAAAAUUUCCUCAGUAACCACAGAGUUUGCUCAUGAGUGAAAAUGCAGUUGCAACAGCUAAUCAGUACACUUCAUCUUUGUUAAGCAUUUCAAUUAGAAAAUUAGACAAUUACACAUGAUUUUGACCUGAAACGGGUAUGUAGGCGUAACAUCUAAAGGACACUCCUACAAUAUAUCAUAACUUUAUCAGACAAUGAAACAUAGAUCAUGUCGAGAUUCAAAGAAAGAAGCACGUACCCAAACAAUCUCUUGUAUGUCUCAACAUCAAUCUAUAGUGUUGCGAUACUUCUUCAGCAUCACCCAUAUUUAUACUCAAAUACUGAGUAAAUCCCUGGGCAAAAGACAGAAAGAAACAAAAUCAAACCUAAGAGGACAACUUAUAAAGAGCCUGAAGUAUAUUCUCAUUAAACCUUCAAGCUUCAAAGUGACACGGAGGAAACAAAAGGAUGUAUUUCUCAGAAUAGCAUAUACUUGCCUAACCAAGUAUUUUUCUUUUAUCAUUCCUAGGGCAGUUCCACCUUGGCCAUGAGCUCAAACAAUAUCUGGAAUAAUAAAAUAAAUAGCAUUGAUCCAAAACAAAAAAGAUGACACCUGUCGACUAAAAUUAAGUAAAACUGACGUAUUAAUGAAGAACAAAGAAAAUGGACGAACUCAUCUCCAUUUCUUCGCGUAGUUACUAAUUAGGGUUAGAGAUGCUUCCAUGUACUCUGGUGCAAAAACC